GGGUCUUCCCAGUCACACGCGAACAAGAAAGUGAUCGUCGUACAGUAUCCUGCCCCAGUCCCAGUGGAAACGGGAAUUCGAAAAGGAACGAACGAGUAGUCAGUCGGUGCGCGCACCUCGUUGGCGGAACAUCGGACCGUGUGCUAUGUGUGUAUUCUGUGAUACAGUGAAAUGAUUCAAAUGCCAUACUGCUACAUUACGUGAGCGCGCAACGCUGCAAAGUGUGAUAAACGAGAAACCAACAACAGCAACCACCGAAAGUGAAUCAUUCGUACGGUAUUCGAAGGGGAAAGGAAUGUUCCGGACCUGCCGGUGCCGAUCUGAAAAACUUGGCCAUCACGCUCGGUUCGUUAAUUGUGAGAAGCGCGAACUGCGAAUCGAAUGUGAAGUCUCGCAACGAAAUUGAGGCAACGUUUCGUGUGAUGGUACAUGUCACGGUUUCGAAUUGAGGUGGUUUGAGGAACGUUCUGUUGCUCCGAGUCGCCGAACCGGGGGGCGGGCCCGGACCUGUCGUGCUGUCAAAAAUCAGUUAAAAGUCUCACUCACUUGUCCGCCUCUCGCACUGCUUUCCCCAAAUAAAGGGGGAAGGAUCACGAAAAAAAACGCUCGAAAAAAACAUAAAAAAGGCGAGAAAACGGGGUUUACGCCAGUGCCCCAAGACCAAACGGUGGCAAUUGAAGAAGAAUUCUGUGAUAUUUUUAGUUCGCUACCUUUUUUUUCAAGGGGAUUGUCGGUUGUGAUUAAGUAACGCGCCACCACCACCACCGCCACCAAAAGGUAGAGCACCGCGCGCACCUUGGUUCUCAUAUCGGUGAAUUCUGAAGGAACCAAACAAAAUGGUGUUCUGGAAUACGGAAAGAAAUAGCGAACACAACCGGUGAUAAUAGCAUGUGAAUCAGCCGGAACUCCCGGAACCUGUGCUUCUUCUUCACGCCAUUCUGCUCCAAAGCAGAAACGAUCGCACGGAUUAGGAAAUUUGGAAUUCCCUACCGUACGCACCAAACCGAACUCAACAACAACCACGUGCUAGAUGCAGCAACGGCAGUCCCCCACUGCUGUCUGAGCACGGCCAGCCUGUGUGCAUUGUGGUGGGUCUGAAAAUAAACAUUCACGGAAUUCACGCGUGCACUACUGUGCGUGCUGCUUCUGCUGCUGUUGCUGCUGCUGCUGCUGCUAGUGGUUGCCUCAUCUCCACGCAUCUCAACCAGCCAGCCAGCCAGCCAGCCAGCAACGAGUCAUCCAGCAUCGAGUGCGUCGUGUGUGCCAAGCGGGUGAAGAAUGUGAUCCAGAGUGCCAAAGCGAAAAGAACGAAUACAGACAGCGCGGAUAGUGAGCGGAGCGAGUGCUGCUCGUGAAAUUCUCCCGUUUUUUUUUUCACGAAACAGUGAUACCAAAUCGAUCGCAUCAUCAUGUCAUUCUGUCGCAUUACCGGCAAGUGCCGGUCACUGCCGAAACCAAACUACUUCCCGAUGCUGCCACCGAUCUCACCGGCCGCCGCCAAACGCUUCUGCCGUGUCACAGGGAAAUCGUACGGACUGCCCUCCCAUCACUUCAUCCCGGUCACGCUGGUUCAGCGCGGUGGUGCGCCAGGGCGUGACCGGUGCAAGAUCACGAACGUCGCCGCCGAACUCGAACCACACCACUACCAACCGGGCGUGUACGGUUGCCGGAAGCACGCCGUGAUUUGUGCCUUCCGGUACGUACUCCCGCUGCUGGACGAAGCGGACGAAGCACAGCGCAACCUCACCACGGUCCUCCAACAGAAACGCAAACCAAUCGAACAAAGUCUCUACGUGUACCGUGUGGACGAACGAAGCUUCGGGCUCGUCUUCCCCGCACAGCUCGAAGCGGCCGUCCGUGACGGUGACGUGCGCGAUGUGAUGUUGGCCAAAGAGUCGGACAAACUGUUGAUCAAACUGCGCAAAGGAAACAGCGUCAGUGUGGCACUCCAAAGUGUCGAACAAUCGAGCACGAUGAUGGAAGAACUGUACGAAGGUGAGGGACCCCGGGAGGAUGUGAUUAAACGGCGCGAAAAGGAAGAAGCAAAACGCCCCAAACCAAAACCCCGCUCAACGCUCUCCAGUAUCGCCAACAUUUUCGAGCAGAAAGAGAAAAUCCAAGACGAACAGCUUGAGGAGGAACAACGGUUCAUCGAAGAGCACCGGGAGAAAGCGAUCCGCUUGGCAACGGAACGCCGUGAACGGCAGCUGGCCGAAAAGCUACGCGCCCUCCAGCUCGACGAACAUCUGCUCGAUCAGGAAGCCGAUCUCGGUGAUCUGGUGAAACCACUGAUCGAAUCCUGGGACUGGAGUACGCUCGAACGGGAAGCGGCCGCCGGUGGUGGGUUGCCCAACAAACUGGAUGCCCUUCCGGAACCCCUCACCGUUACACCGAUCAUCGUUGAGCCGUUCCGCCCAGUCCAGCUGGAUGCGCGACUACUCGAACGGUGUUCCGGACUCGAAGCCGCCUCGUACGUUGGUUCCAUCGUCCCGGCCAAGGU